CAGCCAUAACGGAGGCAUUUGACCAAGAACCUCCCCGCAGGCACAGGUUCGUCCACUGGCUCUGGUCGUCUUUAGUGUGGCAGAGCUGGCAAAAAUGGCAAAGCCUCUAUUCCUGGUAGCGUCUCUUCUAGUUUUAGGAAAUGUUUCAUUCAUCCAUGCCGGGUUUCCGCCAAGCCUCAUCGUCGAUAUGGUAAAAAUUGUCUUAGACAAUUACUGCUCGCCAGAGAAGCUGGCAGGACUGAAGGAAGCCAUCGCAGCAGCGGGCAGUAAUACGGCGAUCCUCAAUAUUCCAGAUGGUGAGUCUUUGUCGAGAGUCCUUAGCGCCGGACUCCAGACUACAAUCAAUGACCCACGCUUGAAGCUCUCGUAUGAGCCAGCCUUCGUCCCCGUGGUUGCCCCGCAGAUGCCUGCCCUGCCCCCUGAGCAACUUGUCGCCAUGCUCCAGAACGCAAUCAAGUUGGACAUAUUGGAGGGCAACAUAGGGUACAUGAGGAUCGACCAUAUCCUCGGGGAGGCGGCCGCAGACAAGGUCGGCCCGAUGCUUGUAGACUUAGUCUGGAACAAAGUCCUGCCCACAUCAGCUCUAAUCUUUGAUUUGCGUUACACGAGCAGCGGGGACGUCACAGGACUUUCCUACAUUGUCUCGUACUUCACCGCAGCAGAGUCUGUGAUUCAUAUCGACAGCGUGUAUGACCGUCCGUCAAAUACUACCACUAAACUGAUGUCAAUGCCCACGCUUUUGGGUGAACGAUAUGGCACAACUAAACCUCUCAUUAUCCUUACAAGCAAGAACACUAAGGGCAUUGCUGAAGAUGUCGCCUACUGCCUCAAGAACCUGAAGCGGGCUUCCAUUGUUGGAGAGAAGACCGCCGGGGGCUCAGUCAAAAUAGAUCAAUUUAGAGUGGGUGACACAGACUUCUAUGUUACUUUGCCGACAGCAAAAUCCAUAAACCCCAUCACUGGUUCGUCCUGGGAGCAAACAGGCGUCACCCCCGAUGUUAAAGUCAAUGCAGAGGAUGCCCUCGCUACAGCCAUCAAGAUACUUGAACUCCGCGCCCAAGUACCUGCCAUCAUUGAGGGUUCAGCAGCCCUUAUCGCUGACAACUACGCCUUUGAGAAGACAGCUGCGGAUACUGCAGCAAAAUUGAAAGGUCUGCUUGAGAAUGGCGAAUACAGCAUGGUUGUUUCGAAGAGUGGCCUUGAAGAGAAACUGACUGCAGACCUGAAAACCCUGUCAGGAGACAAGAACCUGAAGACUACAGCUAACACCCCCGUCCCGCCACCAGUUAAUUAUACUCCAGAGAUGUUCAUUGAGCUGAUCAAAGUCUCCUUCCAAACGGACGUCUUUGAGAACAACAUCGGCUACCUGCGGUUUGACAUGUUCGGAGACUUCGAGGAGGUCAAGGCCAUUGCCCAGAUUAUUGUGGAACAUGUGUGGAACAAAGUUGUCAACACUGAUGCAAUGAUUGUUGACCUCAGGAACAACCUCGGUGGGCCCACAACAGCGAUCGCUGGUUUCUGCUCUUACUUCUUUGAUGCCGACAAGCAGAUUGUACUGGACAAGCUGACCGACAGACAGUCUGGCACCUCAACAGAACUCCAGACACUGCCUGAGCUCACGGGUACAAGGUACGGAUCCAAGAAGAGUCUGAUCAUCCUGACCAGCGGAGCAACAGCUGGGGCAGCAGAGGAGUUCGUCUUCAUCAUGAAGAGGCUGGGGCGCGCAAUGAUAGUGGGAGAGACCACUUUCGGGGGAUCUCACCCACCUAAGACCUUCCAAGUUGGUGACAGCGACAUCUUCCUCAGUAUCCCCACAGUUCACUCAGACAAUAGCAUGGCGCCAUCCUGGGAAAAAAGUGGAAUUGCACCCCACAUCCCCGUCGCGGCGGCGGCAGCCCUUGAAACAGCAAAGGGCAUUUUUAACAAGCACUUGGCCGGUCAGAAGUGAAUGGAGGCACAAUAAAGAUCCAAUAUUGUAUUGACAAAAUUGUUGAAUCUAGAUUUGAUCAAGGAGAAAAUACUGUAUAUUUCAAGAAGAGUAUGCUAAUAAAUUUUUAACUACUUAGUCUGUUUGACAUAGAUUCUGUGUCAGCUUUUAUUACGAUGUCAACAUCAUGAAAUCAUAAGAAGUAAAUGUCUUAAGUGAUACAGUCUGAAUGAGGAUAACUUGUUGUUGGUCUUUUUGCUGCAAAUGGUGUCAAAAAUCGUCACUUGUGUGUUUUAAACACUGAAUGUCCGCAUUUCCCAUUCUUCUAUAACCAUUAUAUGAUGAAAACCUUCUUGGAGCUCUGUUCCAGUGGCAAGACUAAAUUAAAAAAAAUAAAUCAAAUGGCUGUUUGUUGUCUUUUAAAUUAUACAUAUUUGAUUAUAUCGUUUAAAGUUCGGUUUAAUAAGAGUAGAUCCCAGUGUUAACCUUCAGAUUAUGUCGUAAAUCAGCUGCAGUGCUCUUUUGUUUCCUUCAAC